AUGACGAUAACCUAUCUCCCCGAAUAUGAGCCAGAGGAGACGAUCCCAACUACGCCACACCACCCCCUUCACCAUGGUCACGGUCUAGAACCCGCCAACUCGCCCUUCGCGGGCCGCAUUGGCGGUAACCAGGAGUUUGUAUUGGAUCGGAACGACUCGAAGAACCUGGCGGUACUAGAGCGGGUGCCCGACGCGGCGCCGUGCAUGAGCAUGCAAGAGAUGUUUGAUCUGCGUGGGUUUGGGUCGGUGGAUUUGUGGAAGUUUGCGAUGUUGGAGUGUGUUGCAAGUAUGCUCAAUACCUUCAUCUCCGCCUGGGUCACCACCCACCCCUACGCCCCCAUGACCGCCGCCACCGGUAGCGCAGGCGUCUACGCCACCGUCACCUUCUUCUCCCCGACCUUCGGCGGUCUCACUAACCUCCUCCUCACCCCCUUGCUCAUCUACACCUUCUCCCCGAGCUCCGGCGGCCACAUCAACCCACUCAUCACCUUCGCCACCUUCUUCGCCCGCAUCAUCUCCCUGCCGCGCGCGGUGCUCUACGUGCUCGGCCAGACCCUCGGCGGCGCACUCGCCGGCUUCGCCUUGCAUGCCGCCUACGGUGAGCGCGAUAUCACCGUCGGGGGCUGCUACAUCGACACCGCCCAGGUACCGGUGGGGAGUGGGCUGGUGGUGGAGUUCUUCGCGUGUUUGAUUGUCGUGUGGUUGUGUUUCGGGGUCGCGUUGGAUCCCCGCCAGGCCAGGGUGUUUGGGCCCGCCGUGGGCCCGUGGUUGGUUGGUGUGGUGGUGGGGGUUGUUACGUGGGGGACGGCGUUCACGAGGGUGGGGUAUAUCGGUGCGAGCGUAAAUCCCGCCCGGUGUUUUGGGGCGUACGUGGCUUCUUCCUUUCCGGGGUAUCAUUGGAUUCAUUGGGUCGGUCCGCUGGCGGCCGCGGCGGCGCAUGGGCUGGUGUAUUUUGUCGAUCCCCUGUGGAAGGAUCCGAAGUCCAAGUGA